CAAAUAAGCAGUUGGCUCCCUAGGCGACGUAACAUGCUCCACUACAAAAGUUCUCGUAUUUUAUGUCUAUAUGAUCACCAGGAUUGAAUUUAUAGCACUUUUGCUCCAAUAUUAUGCGUCCCCGCCCCUAUACCCCUCCCUAACAACCCCCUCGCAGCAACAGCACUGCUUGUCACGUGGCCAUGGAGCACGAAGCGAUCAAGAUAGCGCGCGGCCGCCCGCGAGAGUAUAUAUAUAUAUGUGGCACACAACAAUCGCGAUAAAAGGAGCGCAGCCAGCGACGGCUGACAUUUUGGCGUUCUUCGGUCACUGGAGCUACUACGUUUUCGAUCUAUCGGCGGCGGCAGCUAUGUCAUCCAAGGUAGCGACGGAGAUGGCGGCUUCAGCCAAGCAGCAACAGACACUGCGGACGAAGAGCGGCAAGGCGGCACCUAAACGAGCUGCAUCGAGUUCCAUCGACGGUGCCGCCAAGAAGCGCCGGCGCCGGCGCCGUGAGAGCUACAGUCUUUACAUCUUCAAGGUGCUGAAGCAAGUUCAUCCAGACACUGGAAUCUCUGGCAAGGCAAUGGCCAUCAUGAACAGUUUCGUCGGCGACAUCUUGGAUCGUAUCGGCGAAGAGGCCUCGAAGCUUUCCAUCUGUUCCCGACGUAGCACUAUCACGGCGCGCGAGAUCCAGACCGUGACGCGGCUGCUGCUACCCGGUGAGCUGGCCCGCCAUGCCGUCUCCGAGGGAACUAAAGCAGUCAGCAAGUACACGUCCUCGCAACCGGGGUGCCCGUCGGCGUCAACUCAGCUGCAGCCGGUGGCUUAGCAGUUUCGCGACACGUGUGACUUCCGGACAAACUGCCAACCACCGCAUCGGGCAUGUGCUCAUCGUGGAAGACACUCAGUACAUCUAUAUAUUUUUGUCGUGCUUUAGUUUCCAUUUGCAAAAAAAAAAAAAAAAGUGUUUUGUGUUUUCUUGGAGUAUGUUUAUCCCGCAAUAAUAAAAGAAAAGAGUA